CUAACAAACACCGUUACUUGUGACCUGUACAAGGCGCAGCUUAUGGCUCCUAAGCGGAAGCGUGCAUCUGUAGCCACACGUAGCUCAGCAGAGAGCGCAUCACGGGGUCGACAGGGCAGGGGUAAUAAUACAGGGCCUCCCGUCUCCCACCUCCUGAAUGCUUUUAGAUCUUUCAUAGAUGAAUACGCACAACGAUUCCCGGACGCGAACCCCAGUCCCCCCUCUUCCCCUGAUGUCAUCCCAGAUACCCAGGAGUUCCCAGAGAGUUCUCAGACUUCCCAAUGGGACGAAAUGCCAAGUACAUCGGCCGCCCUCUUUAAUGAUACACAAUCGGUGCGGACUAGGUCUCAGUCAAGGGCUUCGACAUCUGGGUCUCGGGCGCGGGGGGGGAAAGCGACUUCUAAGUCUACUUCUAAGUCUACUCGCAAUAAUAAUUCUGCUGCCCCCAGUUCUUCUAAUCGCUCGCAGGACAAGCGGCCCAGAGCCCAGUCGCCAGAUUCUGAGGCUUCGUCGGCGGCUGAAGACGCGCAACAGGAGGAAGAGGGCGCCGCCACCGCUGCGAUCGCGGAGAAGCCUUCGGGUAAGAGGCGCGAAAAGAAGAAGCAUACAUGUAGGAAGAGCAGGUCUCGGAGGGACGACUCGGAUGAUGAUACAGAUUCCUCGUUUCCGGUCGCUCGCACCUGGAGCACAACUGUUGCCCGAACCCUUUCCGGAGUACCUGUGGAACGUUGGAGACGCAAAGUGAUACAGGGAGUAUUAGCGUCCGUGGCACCUUCCACGCUCAGGUCCUAUAGGAAGGCCUGGUGUGAUUUCCUGGGUUUCAGGUUUGGGUUGUCUGGGCUAUCACAUAGCACCCCCCCCACCACUGAUGACGUCCUGCAGUACCUGUCCCAUCUGGAUGACCUUGGACGUGCUACGAAAACCUUAAAGAUCCACGUAGCAGCCAUCAGCUUCUUUUCAAAGGCGACGUUUGCGCAAGACCCAUGUAGCGAUUUUCUGAUCCGUAGAGCCAUUGAAGGUUGGGGCAGGUUGCAACCGCCCAGGACCGUGGGGCGUAAGCCUAUUUCGUAUGGAUUGCUAUCUCAGAUACGCGUAAAGCUCAGGACAAUUUGUUGGUCUAAGUUUGAGGCACGGCUCUUCUCUGCGGCUUACGCUAUAGCCUUUUUUGGUGCGCUCAGAGUUGGUGAGGUUGUGUGUGAAUCUAGUGCGCGGGGUUCAACUCGCGGCCUCCUGUGUGAGGAUGUACAGCUAUCCGAAUCUGCUGUGUCAGUACUAGUGCGUCAGUCCAAGACCGAUCAGACAGGCAAGGGUGUCCUGCUUAAGCUCACGGCGUCGGCCCAGCAGGGCCCAUGUCCGGUGAAGGACACGAGGCGGUAUCUCCGCCUUAGACCAGCCGGCCCGGGACCGUUCCUGAUACACGAGGAUGGGUCGCCCCUGUUGAGGUACCAAUUCACCAGAGUAAUGCGCAAGGCUAUUGAGGCUUGUGGCCUACCCCCCCAUGAGUACGCUGCACAUUCGUUCAGGAUCGGGGCCGCCACCACGGCCGCGCACCUGGGGUUGCCGGCAGAAAGGAUAAAAGAGUUGGGCCGGUGGAAAUCCAAUGUUUAUAAGUCAUAUAUUCGCAACCUUGCGCCUACCCCUUAGUCUGCUUACCCUUCCUUUUGUUCUAUCUUUAUUCCCAGCUAUGCCCGGAAGAAUCGUGUGGAUUUGCGGUCACAGCAUUGUUCAUUGGGCCCGCGUGCGAGCGGUGAGCUGCGGCCUGGCACCCAAUCUCGGUCUGCCACGUGAUGUUCGAGUUUCCUGGUUUUCGAGAAGAGGCAUGCGUUGGGAAGAACUGAUGCCUUUGCUGCGGGAGAAAAUAGCCAAGUUCGGCUCUCCCGACAUCCUGGUGAUUCAUUUAGGGGAGAAUGACCUGGGCAACAUAAGGAGUGUGGACUUGUUGUCAAGCAUAAAAAGAGACUUGAAUGCAUUUGCAGCCCUGUGUCCCAGAACGACAGUGUGCUGGUCCUCCUUCUUGAAGAGAACUGUGUGGCGCGGUGCGCAAGACUGUAUGGCCAUUGAAAGAACCAGGAAACUCGUAAAUCGGGCGGUAGCCCGUUGGGUGCGCUUUAUGGAUGGCCGAGUGAUUUACCAUGACCGUAUCCGGAUUAGCGACAAAGCUUUAUACCGUGAUGACGGUGUCCACCUAUCAGAUCUUGGGAAUGACUUCUGGUUAGCUAGUGUCAUUAAAAACAUCUGGGAUUGGUUGCAGCUUUGAGGGUAUUGGCGGCGAGCCUUUAGCUCGGGUGGCGGUUAGGCAUUGGAAUAAUGUGUUGCGCUGUGUGGA